GGGGAAUUCGCCCUCUGCAGUUGGCUGGCUGCUGAAGAGGGGGGCGGUUCCCUUCCUCCCGGCGCUCAGGACCAGGCAGCGGCAGAAGCAGCAACAGCAUCAGGCAGGCGGCGGGAGGCUUUGCUGGUCUUCCUGGCGCUGCUGCUGCUGCUGGCUUUGGCGUGGCGGCCCCGCCUUCGCUCGGAGCCAGGCAGCGCCGCUGCUGCCCCGCCGACCCUCGCUGGAUCUUCCCCCCGCCGCUCAGUCUGGAGGAGGAGGAGGAGGCAGCGGCGGCGGCGGCGGCGGGAUGGGGCUCCGGGGGGAGAGCGCGCCCCUUCUGCUGCUCUUCCUCUUACUCUUUGCUUGUUGCCAUGGGCGUAUUGUGAAGGUGCCUGAGGGUCCCCUUGUACGAGUUGACGGCACAGAGGUAGUGAUUCCAUGCAAUGUUAGCCAAUACGAUGGACCCAGUGAGCAAAACUUUGACUGGGAGUUCUCUACAGACACUACUCAGAACUCUAAAUUUGUACAUGUUGUGAGUACUUGGGACCCAUUGUUCACAUCUACGGAAUAUCAACGUCGGGUUAAUAACAAUGAGAUCACACUGAGGAGAAACAGCAAUGAUGCUGUCGAACUUGUGAUUGGCAACAUCUAUCCUUCUGACCAAGGGAUGUACAGAUGCACCACGCCUAGCACAGAUGCUGUUGUCCAGGGAAAUUACAAUGCUGUAGUCGAAGUCAAAGUGAUUGCAGACGGCUUAACGGUUAGUGGAUCAAAAGCCCAUGCCACAUCCACAUGGAACUUAUCGGAAGGAGAUGCAUUUCAGUUGCGCUGCUCAGCUUCCACCAAUUCUUCAGAACACACCCAUCUGUAUGUGUCUUGGGAAUUCAAGAAUGGCCUUGCCUGGCAAGAAAUCCUCUCCUUGACGCAUGACGGCAAGUUCCAGUCUGGUCUGGAGUACAGUGAGCGCUAUAUCAGUGGGGAUGUGCGCUUAGAUGCCAUGGCCAAUGACAUUUACCGUUUGUCUGUGUCCCAGGCUCUUCCAACAGAUGAAGGUGCCUACAGGUGUCGAGUGAGUGAGUGGGUUAAAGGUGCAGAUGGUUCAUGGCAGAAGAUCCAAGAGAAGACUGCUGACGUAGCAAAUGUUGUGGUACAGCCAACAGCUUUAGGUGUAUUCAUUACCAGAAGCAAUGUGACUGUAACAGAGAGAGAAUCCCUGGACCUUACUUGCAACUUUACAACAGACAGAAGUGGUAUUUUCCAAGCAGAAGUCACGUGGUAUUUCAGUGACUCACCUGAAGAUACGCUAGCAGAGGCUCAGAUUUUGCUGAGUGCAGAUCGUGAUUCUGUAAUUAGUGACUCAACCCUCAUCAGUCUCAGCCAUGUGGAUCGAAGCUCUUACCACUUGCUGAUACGUGAUGUGAGCCUUGAAGAUUCUGGCUAUUACUUUUGCCAAGCAGCUCUUUGGGUGCCGCAGCACAAUGGUAGCUGGCACAAAGUAGCUGAGCGAACCUCUCUGCCGGUCUCUGUGGAUGUCCUGGCAGUAGAGCCAAAUUAUAAUGUGUUUCUAAGUGCUUCUAAAACACCCAAGUUUGCAGAAGAUCCCACUGAACUGGAGUGUAGAAUCACAGAGGCACAGAAUACUGAAGCAAACUUACGUUUCACUGUAUCCUGGUACUACAGAUUGCCCUUGCGCAGUGACGAAGUGGUAAAAGAUCAACUUCUUGCCACCAUGGAUGCAGACUGGACUCUGGUAGUUGGAGACAGAAGCAAACAACGGGCUCAGAAUGGGGAAAUUAUUUUCUCUAAGCCAACUGUGGAUACUUUUCGUUUACGAAUUCAAUGGACUUCUGAAGCAGACAGGGGAGAUUACUACUGUGUGAUUUCAUCAUGGAGUAGGCAGCGCAAUAACAGCUGGAUAAAGAUCAAGGAUGUGGCGUCCAUGCCUCUGAGUAUUUUAUGGUCUACGCAAGAUUAUGCACUCACCGUUGAGGCUGUGAAGCUGAAGCCAUUCUUCAUGGCAGGGCACACUUUUGAAAUGACAUGCAAGGUGUCCUCUCAGAACAUCAAGUCUCCUCGAUAUUCAGUCCUCAUUACAGCUGAGAAAACGCUGAAUGAUCAGACUCAUCCUAAUGGGACCACUCGCAUAAUUUCCCUCAAUCAAGAUUCAGUGGUCAGACGGGAAGACUGGACAGACCAGGACCGAGUGGAUGGUGUGGUCUUGGAGAAGGUCCAGGAAAAUGAGUUCCGCUACAGGAUGUAUCAGACACAGAUUUCGGACGCUGGGCUAUAUCGCUGUGUGGUGACUGCAUGGUCGCCCGGGGGUGGAGGCAUGUGGCGAGAGGCAGUCAAUGGCUUAUCCAAUCCCAUCCAGAUAGACUUCCAGAUGUCAGGUCCUGUUUUUAACGUGUCGGUGCAUUCGGAUAGGACAACCGUUUAUCGAGGCGAGCUGGUGAAUUUGUUUUGCAUCAUCACUAUUGAAGGGGCAGUUCUUGAUCUAGAUGACAUGUCUUUUGAUGUAUCCUGGUUUGCCAUGCGUUCCAUUGCAAUGGAUAGAGAUCCUGUCUUUCUAGCUUCGUUGGAUAGAAAAGGAAUAGUGAUCCAGGCCAGAAGAAAUGGAAGUAGUGAUGUCAGCUUGGAGAGAAUUGCUCCCCUGGAGUUUCGGCUUAGACUUCAUGGCUGUGAGGACCAAGACUUUGGCAACCACUACUGUUUGGUGACACCUUGGGUGCAGUCAGCUGCAGGUGUCUGGCAACAAGAGAUGGAGAUCAAAUCCAAACCAAUUCUUGUAACUGUGAAAAUGGAUGUGCUGAAUGCUUUCAAAUUCCCACUGUUGAUUGGUGUUGGCCUGUCUACAGUAAUUGGACUCCUAUCCUGUCUGAUUGGCUACUGCACUUCCCGUUGGUGUUGCAAGAAGGAAGUUCAAGAAACCAGGCGAGAGAGACGCCGACUGAUGUCUAUGGAGAUGGACUAAACAAAUGGGAGGUGGAUACACAUUUUUCAGGAGGGAAGGGACUUUGGAAGGCCUGAGGCUACUCAGAUUUGAGUGUGUUGAACCAAAAUGCCCUGACAACAAAACCCUUUGAUCUUGUCCUGGAUCUAGAGCUGCAUCUUUUUCUACCUAUGUUUCACACUGAGGACACAUGUUGUAUUUUUUAACCUUUAGCUCUUCUUCCAAUGGCACAUAUUAUGGGGAUAGUUCUUUCACAGGCAAAGUGUUCCACAGUGUCCUUCCAGCAGACCUUUAGACAAGGCUCACUUUCAAGGCAUACUUAUUAAAUAUUUUCCCCUUGUUAUUUAAUAGAAAGAUAGAAUUGGAAGAGUGUUGGAAAAAAAAAACACCAUCCCUUAUAACUAGUUGGCCUCUUGUUGAUAUUUCUAGAGAAGAAAGGAAACAUUCCCAUAGUCUAUUCUAGAUGUAUCUAGUUGGAAAUCUGAUGAGUAACUGAAACUUGGAUUGUAGUCUCAGGAGCCCUAACUUUAAAAAGUGUGCUGGUUUAGCAUUCUUGAAAACCAAUUUCUUAGAAAGUGGACAGCAAUACAAGCCAUCGUUUACAGUGUCCCACCCUUUUCAUUGUGUAUCAUCAUCAUCACCACCAUCAUUAUCAUUAUUCUGGUAAGAGGUGGGUCUCUCUAGUAUGGCUGUUAUCAACAGUCUUAUAAAAAUACUGCUAGAUUUACCAGUUCUGCCCACUGUGCUGUUGGAUUUUGUUUAAUCCGCAUGUCAUCUCUAGCAACUGGACAGAAUCUGCUAGAUAUUCUUGUACAAAUCACUGGGUCAUUUAGCUCAGUGACUAGAAUAUCGGUGGAAAUCCUCCUCAUCCCUAAAGUGAUUUAUUUGUAGCUGCCAUUACAUUGUGAGCCAUGAGAUACUUUGUUACCGUGACCUGCAUUAACCAGCAAACAAGCUUGCUAUUAGGGAACUUAUAUUGGGGUUCUGGGCUAACAGUUGGAGUUUGACAUAGAGUUGGAAGAGACCUUGUGGGCCAUUGAGUCCAACCCCCUGCCAAGAAGCAGGAACAUCGCACUCAAAGCACCCCUGACAGAUGUCCAUCCAGCCUCUGUUUAAAAGCCUCCAAAGAAGGAGCCUCCACCACACUCUGGGGCAGAGUUCCACUGCUGAACAGCUCUCACAGUUAGGAAGUUAUUCCUAAUGUUCAGGUGGAAUCUCAUUUCCUGUAGUUUGAAGUCAUUGUUCCUCGACCCCAUAGCAGUCAUGAGUCAGUUUAUGCAACUGUAACUCUCAAGGUGAGGAGGGAUAAAAAGGGAUGGAUUCCUUUAGAAAAGAAUACCCUUUUCCUGGAUGUUUCUUUGCAAAUGCUACAAUGCCAAAGGCUACAUUCUGUGGGGUGGUGAUCAAUUGUCAUCAUGGGUCUCUUUGGUUCUGUAGUAGAGAGUUCUAGAUCCUGUCUUCCACAUACCCUUGUCCUGGAUCCAAAGAGCUGACCCUGUGAUGUCUGGCAGCUCCAGCACAGUUGGUAUUUCUAAGCAAUAAGAAGUCAGAACACAGGCUUUUUAUGGAAAACAUUAUGCAUUAAACAUGCAUGACUUGAAGCAAACUAAGAGUGGAAAUUGAAGUAAAGAGCAAGUAACCUUUCUUCUGUACUAUGCUUAAUGUUGAAGAGUAAAUGUCAGUUGAGCUUCCAGGUAUAUUUGUUGAUGUCAGUUGAAGAGAUAACUUUGCAAAUAUACAUAGAGGCAUGUAGAAUGUUACUCAUAUCAACUCAGCAAGUAUAUGAAAAUUAUUCUUUAUGCUGUCCAUUUUGCAUAUUCACUGGAAGAUGUGCAGAAUGUGCACAAAUUGGUAAAUGGUUUUCCAUUGAGCUUACAUUGACUCCAGUGUAUAUUUAUGAGUUUUUUAAAAAUAUAUCCUGGCAUUAAGUACAUGGACUAGAGUUUUAGGCUAAUUCUAAUAGUUUAUAUAACUUUUGGGAAGCUUCAGACAGUUACCACACUAAAGAAAUUUCUUUAGUUAUACAUUUUCUAUCAAAUUUCAUUUAUUGUGGUCUUUGUGUACUCUGGUGCUACCCUGUGCUCUUAUUAUCAAAUGGACAUAAGACUGUGACUAUAGCUAGGUUUGGAAGCUUUAAUUUGGUGGAUAUUUGAGGGCUCCUAGAUGAACUUUGAUUUUGACAGCUGUAGGAAUACCCUUAAAAACUACAGACUUGUAAAGUAGGGGUUGACAGUAAUGUCCCUAAAGAUGUCUUAAGAUUACAACAUCAGCCAUGUCUAAUGAGCAAUACUGAGUGAUUGAACGGAAAUUGUAGUCCCCAAAUAUCUGGAAGGACACAGUUGCCCACCUCAGUUGUAAAGUGUGUAGAAUUAAAUGUGGUUGAAAUCUUCCAGAAGACUUAGUAAACACGAGCAUUUUGUGUGGUUGACCACAACAUUAUGUCCUCUGGGGAGAUGUCUUGCACUUGUCCUUUAGAUCAUUCUCAUAGUUGGCUUCCUUCACUUCCUCUGACAUACAACCCAUCUAGACAUGUGUAUUAUCAUUUCACAUUAUAAAGUAUGUAUGUUUUCAGUUGUUUUUCCACAUUGGAAGCCCUGUUUUUUAAAAAACAAAAUAUAGGGAAAAUAAAUAACUAACUAAAGCACAAUUUUUUUCUUUCAUUCAUACUUACAUUUAGUGUCAUUGUCUUUUCACAUUUGGAAGACUAAGCAAAACAGAAAUAUUUAAAUGCAAUAAUUAUGAAAUGUGGAGAGCAGGAAAGUUUAGUUUUCCUUUAGCACUUGUUGCACACUAGCAUUGUCUCUCUGUGGAAAGAAACUCAGGGUCAUUUUGGCUCAGGGAUUCCUUGCUUUUGCUAGCAGGUUUCCUGUUCCUCAAGUCAUUGCCCACUCUUCCUAGAUGCAGAAGUCAUUUUCUUUUAAACCGAAUUUGGACCAUAUGUUACAACUGCUCUCUUUGGAUUAUGGUGAUGCUUCAUGCCCUGUACUUAAUUAAAUGUUGAAGUAGUACCACUCCAGUGCUCUCCUUCCAAUUGUGCCAAUUUUAUAUUAUUCCUCUUUUUAAAUAGGAUUUCUGUCUCCAGAAAACAUUGGUUACUCUGUUUUGUGUUAACUCUCUCUGGUGUUUUUGUUAGAGAACGGGUUGCAUGGAAUUCAGUUAGAUGUUCAGCAGUGUUUGUCAGAGUUGCAGUCAUGGAAUCAACAGUCAAGUAUUCUAAGGGCUUGUGUCAAUCCUGAUUGGUCUCUCUCCGUGCUUCCAGCUCACUGUUGAGAAUUCAGGACACUUGGAACAUGAAUCUGGCAUUGUUUCAACAGUGUGCUGUGUAAAAGACAGGAAAUCUAUUUGUUUGCUUUUGAAAAAAGGUUUUAGGCACAGCUCUGGAAGCUUUUAAAAUUGUGUUAAGCACAGCUUUGGAAGGUAGGAGUUGGACAGUUACAAUGAAGCUGUGUAAUGUGUUUUUUACAUUGAAAAUAAAUUGUCUUUUUUAAUAAAA